AUUCGAGACCAUAACCAACGGCCCCGCCUGGUCCAAAAACCCCUUACUUGUUCCCAGUAAAACCAUUUGAUGGACAGAUUCAAAAACAAGUUUCAUUUUGUUAUUUGCAGACGAGCUUGAUGCAUACUCGCAUCCAAUAUCGAUAAGUAAUUACAAGCUACAGCCAACAAUAUCGAAGAAGGAUAUCACAUUUAUAUCCGUGAUAUUUGUCUUCAUUUGGGAGGAAAGACUUUUUCUCAUCACAUCACCUAGUACAACCAGAAAAAAAGAGAAAAGAAAAACAUACAGAAUCAUACUUCUAACGAUACAGUUUGGCCUCAAACACAAAACAAUUUAAAAUAUAAUAAGAUCCAUCCCAUGGCUCAACAGCCGCUCUUCGGUCUGGUCCCAGCAAACCUCCCGCUGGUGACCGACCCCACAGAGGUCAUCUCGCCGACGUCCUUCAUCUACAGCAUCCCGCCUGUCAGGACCUUUUCCCACAUCGUCAUCUUCCUGCUGCCCGGCGUUGCCCUCCCAGAAAACACCGCCGCGGCCAUCUACCUGGUGACGCCACCGCCGACGCCCGGGGCUCCGCCGGGCUCAAAGUUCCUCGGCGGCAUCGGGCCGGGCAAGGAGAGCGCAAUCUUCAACCUCAAGGGGUCCCUCCCGACUCAAACAGACGGUGCUCCGCCGGUGGUGAUUGGCGUCAGCAUCGAGCCGGCAGAUUCCGUCUCGGCUCGCAUCGCCGAGGUCAAGGCGACAUCUUCGGCAUCCGGGAAUCAGCAGUCCAACGCGCUCGUGGCACGGCCAUCAACUUUGGUCCUCGCCCAGCGCAUCAUCCAAAACGCAUUCAACUUCCUGGCCGGCUUCAGCGGCACCGCCGGCCAGGUCGAGGUCGUGCCCCUCAAGGCGUUUGAGGAUUGGUGGAAAAAGUUUGAGAGCAAGGUCCGGACCGACCCAGGCUUCCUAGAGAGGGCGGAACAGUGAGGCAAGUUAUUGAGCCUGGCUGGGAUCCUGAGUAGGUCUGUGAAGGGUUCUUAUACGCAAGAUACCCUCGUCUGACUGCAAAAUUGGUUGGCUGGUGUUUAUGGCGUAAUGGGCGGGUUAUUGGAAUAUUUUGGGUUAUAGUCUGUUUAGCUACAUGGGUUUCGAUUUUCUUGUUUGUCCAUGGUACUCGGUCAAUUCAACUGUCUGCUUAAUUUCAUUCUCAAUAACAUGAAAGGGCGCAGACUUGCACGUUGGCAAAUAAGCAAAGCACAGACGCUGUUAUCAGCCUUGCAGUGAUGCACAUUUAUGAUAAGAGAUCAACACCAAGCCAUGGCCUAAGGUAUGGCCUAACCACAAUAAUGAUAUGCGCUUUCAAACACCGGCUCGAUCUGGACAGAAAAGGAGCUGAUAUCUUUUUACAAUGCUUCUGGGUCUAAUGCUAUAGUUAGUCAGACAAGCGCAGCAGCUAAAUUCCGUACAAUGAACAAAACUCUCGUGAUGUUGGAUCGUAAUGCCACACAAGCACAUCAAGCAAAAAAUAAAAAUAAAAAGAUUACUCCACAAACGCCAGUCUUCCCGACUGAGUUCCCACUUUUUACACACCAAAACCUCCCGGGGUAAUCGGAACUAAAAGAGUAAUUUCAAAGUAGUCACAGCCGUUAACACAAAACAAGUCCAGCAAGGUAGUGAUGUCGGUGUGCUUGCGCUUGCUUGAUGCUUGCUGAAGAGAAUGCAAAAGUUGUCGUUUUUCUUGCAAAAAAAAAUAGGUCCAGUCCGAU